GGUGAUGCUAGGUAAAAAGUUGGGGAAUCCGGAAGCUCUUCAACACUUCGGACAGUAUUCUGCAUUUUCUUCCUUGGGAGUUGUUUGUUUUAUAUUGGGUACGAUCUUUUUGGUUACUCGACAAACGCACUGCUUAUAAUACACACGACGUUAUAUUUUCAGAUAUUUCUAUAAAUACAUUUUCCAAUCCGUGACAAUCAUCGCAGAUCCCCAUUAGUCAUCAUGCCUAGAGGUUUAGUGAAAGCCAAGAAGUAUGACUGGAAGGAUUCCAACCUUGCCUUGUUUGGUUCGGACACUGAGAAACAAGUUAAAAAGGAAUCGGCUGAGGCUGAGCCAGCGUGGCAGGGUGUGGGACAAGAGCCGGGGAUCAAGAUUUGGCGCAUUGUUAAUUUUGAAGUGGUAGAUUGGCCUGAGGAGGAGUAUGGUGAAUUCUACAAUGGAGAUUCCUACAUUGUUUUGAAGACAACAAAAGACGCAGAUUCUGAUAAGCUUCUUUAUGACGCUCACUUCUGGAUUGGCAAGAACAGCACUCAGGAUGAAUAUGGAACGGUUGCUUACAAGACUGUCGAGUUGGAUACAUUCCUUGACGAUGCUGCCAUUCAGCACCGUGAAGUUCAAGGUCAUGAAUCUUCCUUGUUUAAAUCCUACUUCAGUGGUGGCAUCACCACUAUGCAGGGAGGGGCUGACUCUGGGUUCCGUCACGUUACUCCUGAGGAAUAUGAAGCUAGACUGCUGAGAUUCAAGGGUCAGAAGAAGGAUAUUGCUGUUAGAGAGAUCCCACGAGCCCGAAGCCUGGUGAAGUCCUGUGAUGUUUACAUUCUUGAUCUCGGAGAUAUGAUCUACCAGUGGAACGGUUCUGAAUGCAACAAGGAUGAAAAGUUCAAGGCUAUGCAGUAUUUGGUGGAUCUCAAAGGCAAGAGAGGUUCUGCUGAUUCAGAAACACUUGAUGAAGAUAGCACUUCAUCUUCACACAAGUUUUAUGCUGCCCUCGAUGAAGAAGCUGAGGAAGAUGAAAGUGACGAUGAAGAUGAUGGUGACUCCAAGAAGCUUCUCAAGUACAGUGCUGAUUCCGACAGCUUUGAGACGGUGAAAGACUCGGACAUCACCAUGGAUGACUUCGCCCCAGAGGAUGUGUUUCUUCUGGACACCGAGUGGGAGGUGUUUGUCUGGGUUGGCAGUGGUGCGUCUCCAUCGGAGAAAAACAACGGAAUACCACGGGCUCACAAAUACCUGCAGGGUGAACCGAAGGCCUGGCGUCCCAUCACGGUGAUCAAAGAAGGACAGACCUCGUCAUCCUUCGCUGCAGCAGCGUCUGCCUAACCAAGUUAUCCUGAACUCGAACCACACCCAGCCUGACGAGGCUUACACUCUCCUACACAGCUGAAUUUCAGUUCACAGUUCUGACACGAAUGUUACCAACCCAUGUACAGUGCAGUGAAUUUUAUAAAGAUAUGGACUAUUUUUAUGAAUUUAAAAAAAAAAAGUAUCAGAAUAUAUGAGCAAUUUUUAUGUUUUUAUUUUUGUAUUUAUAGCUAGCACUACAAGUUGAGAAUCAAGUAGAUUGUGCAAUGUUUUUGUUUUUUGUGGCUUUCAAAAUGACUAUUUAAAUUAAUUUUUAGAUUAUUAAAUGACCAUAUGGACAAUUUUUAUGUUUUUAUUGAUUAAUUUGUAGUUAGUACUACAAGUUGAGAAGUAUUGGAUAGUGUAUUUUUUAAAUAAGUAAGUAUCGGUGGUCAGGUAAUGCAGAAAUAAUUAUGAUCAUAUUUCAAAGGUUAUAACCACACCAGUUAGACAUUUUACAGGUGUAUUCUUUCAAGUGUCUCUUAGCAACCUCUAACAAAAUUAGGCCCAAAGUACACUGAAACUGGGUCUGGCAAACACCCAUGUCUAGUUAUCUAGAUAUCUUAGUUUGUAACUGUUACCUGUUACCAAUAUAUAUUAAUUAACUGUGUCAAUUCUGAGGUGUGCUAUAUGAAUUUCAAAAACUCUAACUUUGUUUUUAGGUACAUUUUCUUAUAAAAAUACCAACAGUAAUUAUGAACAUUUUCACAAUGAUUAAUAUAAAAUACUUUUCCUGUUUAUUAAGAGAAAUGAAAAAGUAAGGCUCAAAUAUUGUGCAGCUACCGCUCUGGCAGUGUGACAGUACGUUCUGUGUCGUCUGACACAUGGUGUUUUGUCAUAUUCGAUUCAGUGUUUCAUUUUCGAUUGGUACCAUACUUAAAAGACCCAGAGCCUGCUUCGGUAUAUUUUGUUCAUUGGAGAUGGGUUAUGUUUAGUUGGAAUUUAACAAAAAAUUGUGUGGUGUGCUGGACAAUUUUUCAGAACUGAACUAAUAUUCAGCUGUUAAGCUUAGAUAAUCUGCUAAGUAUUGUCACGUGUCUGGUGCUUUAUACGUCAGUUUGAAACAAAAUCUAAUGUUUGAGUACUGGACAAAUGUUUUAGAACUGAUGAACUAAUAUUCAGCUGUUUAAGCUUAGUUAAUAUACUGUGUACUAUAGUUAUCACAUCUGGGGCCUAAUUCACUAAACUCUCACAACUUUGCGAUCUCGCAGUGCAAUGCUAAAAGACUUGCACAGAAAAGAUGCUUUGUUGUCUAGCAGAGCCUAAGAGAGCUUUGUGAAUUAGGCCCCUGGUGCUUUAUACAUCAGUGCUGUUAGCGUUACUAGUGCCUAUGUUAUGUUAAAUUAAUUAAAUGUAAAUUGCAUGUAUCUGUUGGGGUAUUAAAUAAUGAACUGUCAUGGUAUUUACUACCCAUAAUAUGUACCUGUGUACUAAUAGAGUAACAACAUUAACUGUGUUUUUUGCACGUUGAACCACAUUUGUUGUUACCAUACAUACCCUAUGUAAUUAAGAUUAUAAUUCACUCAGUAGUGAGUUCUUCCACAAGUAUUAUAAGAUUUUAUAAAUUUAAUUAAGUGUACGAAAAAAACUUUUAAAAUUCUGCUUGUAUAUAAACUGUCUAGUUUUUAUUGAGGUUGAUAUAUUUUCAUUAUUCAGUGCUAUUCUUGUUGCAAAAUUUGGUAGUUAUGUUACUAAGAAUCUGUUUGUAUUGCAGUUACGGUUUUUGUUUCAUAUGCUUCAUGUACACAUUUUUGUUAAAAACUACAUUUUGAUAUUGUUAUCCAGCUACAGAAGUUAAGACUUAAAAUCAAACCACAUGAAUGCCAAUUUAAAAACUAUGAUCAGUUUGAGUCAUGAUUCUAAGCUCAUUUAAGUUUUAAAAAGCUGGAUUGUUUUUUUUGUAUUUUUUUAUGGGAUUUUUUUACCAAGACAAUCGAUUUCAGUUUUUUAUAUUAUGGUCAGCAUUGUUUUGUUGAAAUAAAUGUGGUUAUAAUCUUACUUUAUAUACAUGUAGAGUUUGUAGCAAUUAAUUUUUGUAUGCUAUAUUUAUCAGUUUUGGUAAUUUAUAUAAUAGUUUUUUAUACAUAAUACAUGAAUAUGUCUCGGGUUAAGAAAGAUGCUUGUCCAGUUAUCUCCCUUGGAUAUUUUAGGUUUCUGAAUUAGUCAUUUUUGGUGAAUGGAUGUUGAUUUUGUACAAUUCUUUGUACUAGAGGAGUAACAUUUUUAGGCUAACAACUAUAUUUAAAAUGAAAUGUGUUCUAGUUUUAUCAGAUGCCUUCUGAAAGACGUUUGUAUUAAUUCCUGUGUCUUUAGUGGUUUUUUAACUUUUUAAACACCCUCACUAUAGUGCUUUCAAUUUUAUUGUUGUAGAUUAAAUGUAAUCUUUGUUACAAUUUUCUCUUAAAAAGUUUGUUUUGGGGUUUUUUUUACAUUUAAAAAACAUUUUAUUGUCAGAAUAAUUAUUUUUCUGUUUAUAAAGAAAACUAGUUGAUAUUUUAUAAAAUUACAAAGUUUAUCUAUAAAAUACAUUUAAGUUGUUUUGUUUUCAAUACAUAAUGUAAUGUAUGUUCUUCUAAUUUGGAACAAAAUAUAUAUCUGUAGGUGCCUUUGGAUUUUAGUAAAAAAUUUAUUGUAAUUUGUUUUUGGUUGAAUGCAUGUCAGACAUUAUACAACUGUUAUUCUGUUCAGUUUGUGUUAUGUUACUCUUAAGAUAAAUCUCUUUUAUUCUUUUGACAGAAUUUCUCUCUAUGUUUUGAUUUUAAUUUUAAAAUUUUUGUAUUGACAUUUCUUGAGUUGUAUUUUGUAAACAGUUCUUUUGUUGUUUCCUUUUCUUCAUUUUGACAGUCUUAUGAUCAAACUUUUGAUGUUACAUAUAAAAAUAUUGCAGGUUUUUUAAAUUAAUAUACUGUAAAUCAUAACAUAUUAGCGAUCUUAAAAUAUUGCGAAAUCCAAACAAGUGACAUAUAUGCAACAUAAAACUUUAGCGAGGUAGAUACAAAUGUAUUAUCGGUCAUUUAAAAAAAAAAAAAAAUUUGAUUUGUAGGAUCGGCUCAAAGAACUUUUGAUAUAUCUUAAUGUUAAGAUGCUUACAGACAAUUAAAUUUAGUAAAAUAAAAAUCAGUAAUAUGCAUGCUAACUAACUAUUGUUAUCAUUAAUAGCAUAUAACCAUUGUUUGUUCAGUUAAUCACACACAAAAAAAUACACAAACUUUUUUCAGAACAGUCUCUUGUAGAUUUCUUUAAAUUUAGUGUCAUGAAAUAUUAGUGUUUUGUAUGGACUCACUAAGUUUGCUAUUAUUUUAAGCUCGCCAACAUUUCUUGAUUUACAGUACAACAAAAAUCGGGUGCUCUUAAACCUGUUACAUUUUAUGCAAUAUUUAACAUAUUAUUAUAUAUAUUAUAUCUUUUAUACAGCAUAAUUUCAAUGUACAUAUAUGUAUUUUUCAAGCUAUGCAGUAUAAAUAUUUUUUUACAUGCUCCACUUAUGAUAAUUUGUUAAAUUUAUAUUAUUAUACAUUUAUUGUUCUGGUAACAUUAAUGUUUGUUGCAGUAUAAAAUGGUUAAGAAGUUUAGAUAGGUUUUUUAAGGUCCAAGUUUUACACUGGCCGUGUCUUAAUAAAGCCAGUUGACAUUUUUGUUCCAUUGACUUUGCAAUCUUUGUUUUGUUAUAUGUGUAGAAACAAAGAGAUAUCUUGUUAAUUUCCACCAUCCUGUCUUUUUUAUUUUAAUAAAGUUUGUCUUUUUCUAAUGCUGUAGAUAACACUUUGUUGGAAAUAACAUUUUAUAUUUAAAUGAUUCCAUUACAUUGUAUAAGAAGUAUUUUUAUUUUGAAAAAGAAAACUGAAUAUUUUACAGUAAAAUGAUAAACUAAAAAAGAGAAAUUCAAGAUAGUACUUGUAAUGUUUUCCCAAAUAGGCAUAAUAUUGUUUUUUAAAACAUGAUUUUGGAUGAAGAAUCUCAGUUUCCAACUUUUUUCAAAGUUUAGUCUUGUUGUAGUGGAUGAUGAUACAUUUAUAAUUCACAGAAAUCAUCUCCAAACAUAUCUUCCUUGAAUAAUAUUUUAAUAGAUGUAUACCAUAUUUAUUUAGCAAUGAUUUGUUAAUUUUGCAGAUUAUAUAUAGUGUGAAUAGGUUGAUAUUCUAGUCAAAAUUAAAUUUAUUAAAUCCUAACUAUGUCAAAAAAAAGAGAAGAUGUCAAGUGUAAUAAAAUGUACAUUGAAUAUUGUGUCACUGAUGGUUAAAUUAGAUAAAAUUGUUAGAAUUUAAACCAGGUGGAAUAUUUUAUAUUCUAAAACUACUACAAAAAUGUUUUUUGUAAAUAAUUUCAGUUUGUUUUGACAUAAGAAGAAAAGAAAAAGUAUUUUGGAAUUAAUAAAAUAAAAAUACUAUUUUUGUGUGCAAUUUAGAAAACAAUCAGCUCAGAAAUAAAUAACUUGGAGCAUGGUAAGAAAAUGACAUUCUCUGUCGGUCCAAAUUGAAAUUUCAGUAAAACAAAAGUCUGUUGGUGAAAAAGUCUUGAUACUGAAUAUUUAAACAAAAUAUUCUUUUGGCACAAGGUUUUUUCACAAAUUGAGAUUUGGGAUGGCAAAGAUUAUUUUUGUAAUGAUGACUGAACAUGUGACUGAUUUUUUCUUUUUUUAAAGUCAAUGAAAUGGAAGUUGUACAAUCUGAAAUACCAGUAAUGGGUCCGAUAUAUAUUUAACAUACGUACUUGUUAUACUUCAGGCUUACUGUUGAAAUAUCACAUACAAAGCUGUAGUUUAUACGGUGAUGUUUUAUAUUUCUUUUUCUUUUUUUGUGCUAGCAUUUUUAGCUCUUUUUUUUCAGAGAUCACUGCAUGACUGCCUUACACUGCAUGAACUUUUAAAAUACUUUUUGUCAAGAACCAAUAAAGUUUACAUAUCAU